AUGAAGUUCCAACAUUCAUCGCUGCUGAUGGCAGCCUCGACAACUCUGGCUCAGACUACGACCUUAGCCCCUACUGCAACCUCAAGUACCGGCAGCAUGCCCUCCGUAACUCUUGACUACUGUACUGUCGCGGCUGCUGCAGGCAAUGAGUCUUUGGGAUAUUACAAGUACCAAAACAUUCGUUUCGCCGCCGUUCCGACCGGCGACCUUCGUUGGGCCAAGCCGCAAGAACCUCCCGUAGAGACGGAAGUCAACACCGGUACUUUGGCGUCGGCCGAUGUUGCAUGUAGCUCCGAGGAAGACUGUCUCUACGUCGACGUCUGGGCCCCUGCUGGUUCUGAAGGCAAGAACCUCCCCGUUAUGGUUUGGACGUACGGCGGCGGCUUUGAAGGCGGCAGCAAAUCAGAGAACACCCCUGAAGGUCUUUUCGAUCUAUCCAAGGAGUUCGUUUACGUCGCCUAUAACUACCGCCUCGGCCUUACCGGCUUGGCCAAUGGACCCACCUUCUUGCACGAGGGUGGCACUUCCAACACUGCCAUCUGGGAUGUUGAAGCUGCUUUCAAGUGGACAAAGAAGUACAUUAGCAACUUUGGCGGCAACCCUGAUGAGAUUACCGCCGUUGGCUUUUCCGCUGGCGGGUCACAGGUACUCUUCCAGAUGACUCGAUUUGCUGGCCACGCUGAGCAGCUAUACAACCGCGCCUAUGUCAUGUCGCCAGGUUUCGUUCCUGGUGCUGGCCACCAGCACGCCGAGGCAUUCUGGCUGAACGUCUCUUCUGAAGCCGGUUGCGCUGGUGGAAAUUUGGAGUGCAUGCGUAGCAUUGAUUUCGAUACACUCAACACUGCUGCCUCCACCGUCAAAUCCGCCUAUACUUAUCAGUUCCAGCCCCGUGUUGACGGCGACAUCAUUGCUGAUACUUACGAGGCUCAGCUUUACCAGGGCCGAUUCAACUUCACCGGCCCCGUUGUUGCUACACACGAACAACAUGAAGCCAACUCGAGUCCCUACGACGAUGUGAACACCACAGAGGACGUCGCCACAUACCUCCGUAUCUUCUUCCCUUCUAUCACCGACAGUGUCGUUGAUGAGAUCCUUGCACUAUACCCCGAGAGCGAUUAUACCGAGCCUGGUCUGCGUUUCGCGGACAUGAAGCAGCAUUUUGAUUUGACCGCCCACAACCUUGCUCUCACGCACGCUAUGAAUAACCAAACAUGGAACGGACUGGUUGCUCUUGACUCUGCCACCCACGGCACUGAUCAGAGUUAUUACUGGUACAGCACAUACACACUUUCCAGCUCCACUUCCACUAGCAGCGAAGUCUCCAACUCCACGGCCACAUCUGCAUCUGCGGCUGCCACCGCCACUUCCAGUUUCAAGGUCAUGAUGCAGAAGUAUCUCCUGUCUUUUGUUCUCACUGGAAACCCCAACACCAAGUGGACGGAGGACAAGCUAGAGUGGCCCCAGUACGGUAACUCUUCUACCGCUGGCACCCAGAUCGUCUUCAACACCACCUUCUACUUGGACGAAGAUGACCUGGCCAACGACAAGGCACUGUUCUGGAACAAGGCACUCUGGUACUGA